AUGGCAGGUAGUAAAGCUCCUUCCUCUAACGCGAAAAAAGCGAGCAAAAGUUCCGCCAAUAACGAUCUAACAAAUGAGGAUGAGGCCUAUGACGCUAUAUUCAAUGGAGAGUUCGGGUCCAUGGAGGUGGGUUCGUUCAUCAACGGGAAGGAUGCCGAAGGAGCAACAGAGCAUUUACCUGACGCGGUGGACUUUGAGGAUGAGGACGAACUAGCGGAUGAGGAAGAUCCGGACAUCGAUGGUCCAGGAGCUGUGCAUGGUGGUAGCAACGGCAGUGGUCAGAAACAUAUGACGGCAGUGGACUCCAGCGCAUCAAUAAUUGACUAUGGUUCCUCUCAUUUAGUCAUGGAGGACUUUCAAAAUGGAAAUUCUAUGCAAGACGUCAAGAUGGAUGAUCACUUCAGUAGACCCAGGACACAUAGCGAAGAAUUCAUGGCCGUUAUUUCCCAUGACGAAAGAGCUUUGGAUGGAGAUAAUCUAGGAGCAAAUGAAGAUGUGUUUCAAAACGAAAAUAACGCUUUAUUUAUGGGUAUGGACAACACUUCGAUGACUUUCAUGGACAAUACAGCGGCAUCCUAUGACAUAUUUAAUAUGGGGGACGGGCAACGACCUCAUUAUGAGCAGCAGCAGCAGCUAAGUUUAUCUGAGGGACAGAUGCGUCGUUCGUCGAGUCAUCAAAUGCCGGUAAAUGAUGAAGCCAUCAGACAGAGGAAGAUGAAAAAUAAAGCCGAUAGGGAGAGGAGGCUACUGAAGUAUUAUUUCCCUGACUUUAAGAAGGGUAAAAUCAUGAAGUGGAACAGGUGCAUUUAUAGAAAAAAAUUUCCUUACCCUUGGUAUAGAGAUGUGUUCCAUAAGCAGCCAAAACCUUUAUUUCCAGUGAACUUGAAAAUCAAAGUACAGCCAGACCAGAAAAGAAUAUUCAAUACCGUGGAUUAUUCAACGCUAGUACAAAAUAGGAAGCAUAGAAACAGUCUAUUGAAUGUGACACCCGAUGGAUUUCAAAGCGAGGAUAUCGACAAUGAGGAGCAACGGCCGGCUGAUAAUAAAACGAUACCGGAAGACUUGCUGAUAGCGACUGAUUCUUGGGAUCAAGAUAAGAUAAUUGAUAAUUCCAGCUCUCCGACACCGUCAGUCAUAAUUAAGGACUUAACCAAAAACAACUUGCUGGAUGAUAAUGAAUCAGAUUGGGAUUGGGAUCCGCAUGACUUGGUCGACGCCAAACUCCACACGGCAAAGGUGGCAGAGUUAGAUAUGAACGAUGAGAAGUUACUCUUGUUACUAAACAAACCUACUGGCAGCAAUACUGCCAGUAGAAAACUGGGCCAUUGGAAUUCGUCUGCGUUAGAAAUACCGAGCACUGAUAAGUUGCUAUCGCAAAAAUUCAACAUCUCGAAUGACCACACUUAUGCAAUCCUUAAACAUACACACCAGCCAAAGAUUCGUGCUACGAUAUCCAAUUUGAAUAUAGAGCACUCGAAACCAGCUUCGAACUUGCAGUCGCCGUUUUACAAGGUUAACUUGCUGCGGAACGAACUACGGUUUUUCCACAGGCCUAGAUUUGGUGAACAAAUACAGUAUGGUAGUGUGAUUACAUUCAAUAGAUUGAAGACACGUAAGCGUAAGAGAGACAAGGGUAAAGAUGUCAAGGAAUCAUUUGGCACAUCCCAGGAUCUAACGGUAGGAGACACGGCUCCUGUAUACCUGAUGGAGUACUCCGAACAAACACCAUUGGCUCUUUCGAAGUUUGGUAUGGCUAACAAGCUUAUUAAUUACUACAGAAAGACUUCGGAAGAGGAUACUCUGCGCCCAAAACUUUCUGUUGGUGAGACACAUGUUCUAGGUGUACAGGAUAAGUCCCCAUUUUGGAAUUUUGGUUUUGUGGAACCUGGGCACAUUGUACCAACAUUGUAUAAUAACAUGAUACGUGCACCGGUGUUCAAGCACGAGGUUUCCGGUACUGACUUCCUGAUGGUCAGAAGUACUGGGCACGGCGUUAACAGCAGGUUUUUCUUAAGAAAUAUCAACCAUCUGUUCACAGUAGGCCAAACUCUCCCUGUUGAAGAAAUUCCAGGUCCAAAUUCUAGAAAGGUUACCUCUAUGAGGGCUACCAGGUUGAGAAUGAUUGUCUAUAGGAUUUUAAACAGAGUGCCAGCGCGGGCUAUCUCUAUUGAGCCUAUUACAAAGCAUUUCCCAGAUCAAGACUACGGGCAAAACAGGCAAAAGAUCAAAGAGUUUAUGAAAUACCAAAGAGACGGGCCAGAUAAAGGUUUGUGGAAAUUGAAGGAAGGCGAGCCCUUACUGGACAACGAAAACACGAAAAAACUGAUGUCUCCAGAGCAGAUUUCAGAAGUUGAGUCCAUGAGCCAUGCACUCCAAUUCAUGGAGGACAAUGAGAAUUAUAAUUUUGAUGAGAAGUUGCUCAAGCUUGAAGAGGAACUCUUGCCCUGGAACAUCACUAGGAAUUUCAUCAACUCAACCCAAAUGCGUGCCAUGGUGCAAAUUCAUGGUGCUGGUGACCCAACUGGUUGCGGUGAAGGUUUCUCUUUUCUGAAAACCUCGAUGAAGGGUGGAUUUGUCAGGUCUAAUUCCGAGACCCCUGGCGCUGACAAAGGUAGUAGUAAGCAGAAUUCUCACACUUACAAUGUUGUCCAGCAGCAAAAAGUGUAUAACGAGGAGAUUGCCCGUACUUGGUAUACCCAUGCAAAAAGUCUGAGCGUGACAAAUCCGUUCGAAGAGAUAGAUGAUUUGGAUAUGGUGAACCCAACCAACUCGCAUGUCCGUACCCGUUCAGCGGACGGCAAAAUACUAAGGAUCAUCCGUAAAACGAGGGAUGCAAACGGUAUUAUACAGAGGCAGACUGUCGUGAUACGUGAUCCAAGAGUCAUUAAAGGUUAUCUAAAGGGUAAGGAGAGAAGAAAAGAGGCCAAGUUAGACGUGAAUAAGCUACUAGAGGAGGAUGCAGCGAACAUUAAUAACCUGGAAGAGUUGGAGAUGCAAAAGAAGCUACUACAAAAUGAGCUUGCCAAUUUGGAGAAGUCGCAGCAGAGAAGAGCUGCUCGUCAAGGCACCAGAAGGAAAGUGGACAGCAACGGUAAAGUCACCAAAAAUAAGAACACCACAAGGCGCUGUGCUACGUGUGGGCAAGUCGGGCACAUCAGAACGAAUAAGACGUGUCCUAUGUACAAUGUUUCUGGGGCGCAAACUUCUAGUGCAGCCUUGAACGUUGAUCUGGUUAGGAACAGUAGUGCUAUGAAUCUGGCGGCAAUGUCAGCCAGCCCUGGUCCGUCUACCCCAGGUUUCCCGCCCUCCAUGGGGGCGACACCUCUACAAAAUGACAUCUCGGCAUCGUCGCCUAGGAAGGCGGACUCGAGACCCGAUACUGAUGCAAACACGAUUGUGCCCUGA